AUGGAACCGGAAAACUCAUUACCCCAGGAUGACAACGCUAGUAUAGUCGACUCUGACUCUAGCCACUAUGGCGUCUAUGAUGAACUCACCGAUCGCAUUGACACCCUAUCCCAGUACUUGAUCAUCCUAGGCAACAAAAUCGGCCUAACUGAGCAGACAAUGACCAACCUAAAGGUCCAAAUAAACAACAUCAACCGCCGUCUUGACGAUAUCGAGAAAAAUCUCGAGACCAUCGACCAAGCCGUCAAGGCUCGAGACGCGCAACUCGCAGGCCACGAUACGCAUUUUCUCUACCUUCGUGCCAGCGAGCUAGAGAACAUAUGGGACAAAGUCACCGACCAUAUUCCCCUGGAAGACAUCUACAUCCUGCAGGGAGCGGAUGUUGCGCUCGACAUUCAAGCACUCAAUUUCCUCGAUGAGACAGACCAGCAGCGCUAUGAGGUUGCCCAAGUGGGCUUUGAGAAUUUGUAUGGACUUUCAUUCAAUAAUGAAAACAUACAAAAGAUCACCAAUGCGCCGCCGGAGAUUCGUAAGACGAUCGAUAAACGGGCUAAUUUGAAGUUCUUGCGCGCCUGGAAGUGGUCGUCUGAGACGGAGUAUUUGAUUGAUAAGUGCGAUGGGAUCUUGAAGCGGUGGGAGAAUAAGUUGAAUUGGUAUUAUCCUAAUGUGCAGUUGCGGCAGGAGUAUGAGGAAUUGGAAGAGUUGUAUAUCAACAAGAGCUUGUAG